AUGAAUCAUUGGAGUGGCGUGGAGUAGUGCGUGGUUUCUUUCUCCAGUCUCAACUCCGCAGACUCCAAGUCAAGGCUGGUCGUCCUCCAUUGUCGGCACGGCCUUUCCCCCUCCGCAUCUCCACCCCUACCCUCCGGCAAGGGCGCCGCCUCCACCCUUGCCGUCGAGUUCUUCUCCUGCCCGCCCGACCUCAACCAUUCUUUGACGCUUGACCUCCGGGCCCCGGCGCCGCUUUCCCCCGGCAGAGAAAGGAGAAUAACACCUAACUUUCACAACUGAGAUGACGGAUGACGGCCAAGACAACGAACUUGCUGCUCUGGAGAAAGUGCUGCUCGACAAAAGUGUGGAUCCCGUCGAUCUGCCUUUCUCGCUUCUCAAGGCCAUCACAGGAAACUUCUCUGAAGAUAAUAAAAUCGGCAGUGGCGGGUUCGGAGCGGUUUACAAGGGCGUGCUUCCAAGUGGUCGUACCAUUGCCGUGAAGAAGCUCUUUGAGAGAUUCGAGAUACUGGACAAGAAUUUCGAAAGUGAGAUCGCCUGUCUUGUUGGGGUCAAGCACAAGAACACGGUGCGAUUCCUCGGAUAUUGCUCCGAGACGCAACACGUGAUGAGGCUGUACGAGGGGAGGCAGGUCUGGGCAGACGUACGGCAGAGGUUGCUCUGCUUCGAGUACCUACCCAAAGGGUGCCUUGCUGACUAUCUCUCCGAUGCAUCUUGUCGACUCCAGUGGACCACACGUUACCAAAUAAUCAAGGGGAUCUGUGAGGGCUUAGAUUAUCUUCACCAACAGCAUAUUAUUCACAUGGACCUCAAACCUCAGAAUGUACUAUUGGAUGAUAACAUGGUGCCCAGGAUUGCGGAUUUCGGUCUAUCACGACGCUUAAGUGGAAGCCAGAGUCGGGCUAUUACUGAUCACAAGCUUGGGACAAUGGGAUAUAUGGCACCAGAAUUCUUAAAUAAUGGAGAAAUCACCUUCAAGACAGACAUAUAUAGUUUGGGUGUUAUAAUCAUGGAGAUCCUUAUGGGACAUAAGGAGAGCUCCAGUGUUAAGGAGGUAGUUGAAAGCUGGGCGGACAUGUUUGGGACAUCAAAUAGUCACACAUCACUGGAACAAGUAAAGGCAUGUGCCGAGAUAGGGAUAGAAUGUACAAACUAUUACCCAGGGAACAGGCCAGCUACAUGGUUUAUCAUCCGUGGAAUACUGGGUGAUGUGGGAAUUUCAAAUUGGUCUGUUACAGGUGAUGUAGGUACCUCAACAGAAGGGCAGAUAAGCAUUGCCUCCAAGCUGGCGGAUGAGUUGAAAUUAAUGGAUGGUUCUGCUGUUACAUUGGACGAUGGCAAAUUGGACGAUGGCAAAUUGAGCCAGGAGAGGAAGAGGAAGGCAUCAAACAUGAGUAUAAGCUUCUUGAAGCUAGCGGAUGAGCUGAAGUUGAUGUGUAAUUCUGUCGCUAGUGGUGAGCUGAUGGAUAAUUCUAUCACACCAUCCCAACUGCAACCAUCGGCACCGGAGGUGGAGAAGGAGGAUGGCAAGAUAAGCUUCUCCAGGAUGGAGGAUGAACUAAAGUUGAUGGAUGAUUAUGUUGCACCACUCCAACUGCAACCAUCAUCGCUGGAGGUGGAGCAGGAGGAUGGCAAAGUGAGCCAACAGAAGAAGAGGAGGACAUCAACCGUGAGUGUGGCGACCGGGGUGAUGAGCACCCUUAGUGGCAAGCUUACCACUUUCAUCAACGAUGAGUACAAUAAGCGCAAAGAGGUAAGGAAGCAGGCGUCGUUCCUUGAGAAGGAGUUGAGCGCCAUACACGCUGCUCUUGAGCUGCCGGAGCUCAUGAAUGAGCUUGCUCCAGGGGUAAAAAAUUGGAGGGAUGAUCUCAGGGAGAUUUCCUACGACAUGGAAAAUUGCAUUGAUGACUUCAUUCGCCAAUUCGGGGGUGAGGAUGUUGAGGUAUGCUUUUUCUUGGAGGCUGCUGAACUUCACAAGAGGUUGUGCGAGCUACAUCGAAUUUCCAACCAGAUGGAAGAGCUUAGGACUCUUGCGGUAGAAGCAAAUGCUCGACGUGAGAGUUACAAGAUUGAUGAUUGCAAGCCUAGCUUUGGCCCUGUGGCUGUCGAUGCUCGCCUGCGAGCGGUCUACCAGGAGGCGGCCAACCUUGUGGGCAUUGAAGGCUCUAGAGAAGAGGUUAUCAGUUGGUUGAUGAAUACUCAAAAAAAACUAAUGGUUGUGUCCGUUGUUGGUUUUGGAGGCCUGGGUAAAACUACACUUGCCAAACAGGUGUUUGACAAGAUCAAAGGGCAUUUUGAUUGUGUGGCAUUCUUUUCAGUUUCACAGAGGCCUGAUUUGAGAGUGCUUCUCAAUCGCCUACAAUUGAAACUUGGGAUAAAUGCCUCUUCUCACGAUUGCGGGUUUGACGACAUCAUUGAAGAGCUAAGGAAGUAUCUCACAGAUAAAAGGUACCUUAUUGUAGUUGAUGACUUGUGGGAUCAAUCAGCAUGGAAUACUAUUAGUUGUGCUUUUCCAGAAAAUGGAAAUGGGAGUAGAAUAAUUGUAACCACACGAGUGGAAGAUGUGGCUGGCAUGGCCUGUCACAAUGACCGCGGGCGCAUUUACACAAUGAAGCCCCUCAGUGAUCAGAACUCAAGAAUGUUAUUCUCCAAUAGAGUAUUUGGGUCUGAAGUUGUUUGUCCACCCCAUCUUAAAGAUGUUGCGGCUGAAAUUCUGAAGAAGUGUGGUGGUAUGCCGCUUGCAAUUGUCACUAUAGCUAGCCUACUAGCUACUCAAGUGAGAUCAAAGAAACACUGGGAGAGCAUAAGGAAAUCUCUGGGUGCCCAUUCUGCCACAAAUCCUUCAUUGAAAGAGAUGAAUAGUAUAUUAAACCUUAGCUACACCCAUCUGCCUCUUCAUCUCCGGCCAUGUUUUCUGUACCUUGGUAUGUAUUCUGAGGACCACAUCAUACCACGGGAUGAUCUGGUUAAACAAUGGAUAGGUGAAGGCUUUGUCAGCAGUUUGCAUGGGCCAGAUUUGGAGCAUGUUGGCAGGAGUUAUUUCAAUGAGCUUAUCAAUAGAAACAUGAUUCAGCUGGCAGAAAAUGAUGAAAAUGAGUAUGGAGAGGUGUUGUGUUGCAGAGUACACGACAUGAUGCUUGAUUUGAUCUUAAGCAAGUGUGUAGAAGAUAAUUUUGUAAGUGUGGCACACAAUUCUGAGGACAUGGCAAGACUGCUGCAUCUCUGCAAAUACAAGGUUCGCCGAUUAUCCCUGUGCUCCAUGGCUGUUGGUGGAGCAACAUAUGACACUGCUAUUGCUACUAGGCUGUCACAAGUUCGAUCAUUACUGUUCGAGGACGCUAUAAUCCCUCUUUUGUGGUUCAAGUACCUUAGGGUGCUAAUCAUUUCUAAUGAGCGGGAGAUAGUUGACCUCACCGCUGCUAGCCAAUUGUUUCUGCUGAGGUAUCUGAUGGUUAGAGCUAGGAAGAUAGAGCUCCCUACUAAACUUGGUGAGCUUGUUUACUUGGAGACACUAGACAUAGAAAAUUGCACACUGAUGGAGAGCAUCCCCUCAGAUAUAGUUAAUUUGCCCCGCCUGUCCUAUCUGCUUCUUCCAUAUGGGACAAAGUUGCCUGAAGGUAUGAUGAAUAUGAAAUCAUUGCGGACUCUGCGAUGGCUUGACAUGGAGAAGAGCUCGCUGGAGUGUUUUAUGGGUCUCAGCGAGCUGACCAAUCUGAGGGAACUGCGUAUGUCAGUAGGUCGUAGUUUGGGGUUGCCAAAAGUUGAUGCUUUGGCUUGCUCCAUUGGAAAGCUCUGUAACCUUGAAUCUCUGGUCAUCUUUGGCGGCGAUCAUGUUGAGCGUGAGGACAGCCAGCAGCUGGGCUCAUUAUCCAAUCCUUUUCAACAUAUUGAGCGUCUUGAAUUGCAUUACUGGCGGUUAUGGAGAGUUCCAAAAUGGUUGUUUGGUCUCAAUUGCCUGCGCUUCCUUAAGCUGUUUGUUGAAGAGACAUCAACUCAGGAUGUUCAUCUGCUUGGAGAGCUUCCCUCCCUCGUCCACCUCGAAUUUGGAGCAUUUGAAAUCCCUGGUUACAGAGCUAUGUUUGGGACGGGGCUAUUCCUAGUUCUGGAGUUCCUAUAUUUCUGGUCUAAGAAAGACACUACGCCGUACCUGGGCUUCGAGGCAGGUGCUAUGCCCAGUUUACAAACACUCUGGUUCAGUGCGUGCGAUUGGGGCGGCACUAUACCAGUCGGCAUGGAGCACUUGUUACACCUCCAGGAGAUCCAAGUGCAUACGCUCUACAUUAGUAAGGAUUCAGUGGACAGGUUGCAAGAGGCCGAGGACGCAUUCAAGGAGGCCUUGCUGAUGCACCCGAACCGGCCUUCCGUCAUAUUUAGUUAAUAGCAGAGCAUAAUUCCUGCAAGAAUUGUACUAUGUCUAUCUUUCAUACCCCUGCGGGAGAAGUAAAAGGGGCAGCUGAUUAAGGCGCUCCCGAUCUUUACCUGUGUCCGCUGGAUCAAGGAACUUUUCCUAAUGUGGUUGUACUGCCAAUUGUGUCCUCUGAAUCUUUGUUUUUGACAGCUAAUGGGGAUUAUGGAUCAAGAUCUUUGUUUUUCUUGUAAUCUGCCUCUCUGUAACGGCUGCAAUCCUGAUGAUUAAUGAAUGCUCCUCCUAAUCGCCCUGAAAAAGGUAAUCCUAGGAUUCAGGCUGCAUUUGGUCUAGUUAUACUUAACCUAAACCCCUCGGUGCGGUGCUAAUUGCUAGGUUAAGUAGAUAACACUGUACGCGCCUGUGUACAUAAGUGGGAUUGGACGGGAACUGUACAUAAAACCUUAUAAUUCUGAAAGUGAAUCUUUAUUCUCUCGUUUUUUCAA